UGUUGUGGGAAACUCUGAGAAGAUGCUUCAUUUUGGGACAACUGAAAUGCUUCAUUUUGGCUCCACUCCCACAUGUCUCAGUUUCUCCUUUGCUAAACUUGUACUGUAACAAAAACAAGAAAUAGCCCAAAAUGGAAAACAAAGCUGGUGAAGUUUCCCAAGAGAAACAAUGCAUCCCUCUACUAACUUCUCAUAAAAUGGGAAACUUUCAGUUAUCUCAUAGCAAACACCUUUUCAGGGUUGUCUUGGCACCAUUAGCAAGGCAGAGAUCAUAUGGCAGUGUUCCUCAGCCACAUGCUAUCCUUUAUUACUCACAAAGAACCACAAAAGGGGGUCUUCUAAUAGCAGAGGCCACAGUAAUUUCUGAGACUGCCCAAGGGUCUAAAGACACACCUGGUAUAUGGACAAAGGAGCAAGUUGAGGCCUGGAAACCAAUUGUAAAUGCAGUCCAUGCCAAAGGAGGAAUCUUCUUUUCUCAAAUUUGGCAUGUAGGGAGAGCUUCCAACAAAGAUUUUCAGCGCAAUGGACAGGAUCCUGUCUCCUGCACAGACACGCCAUUAACACCUCAAAUUCGUUCCAAUGGCCUGGAUAUUGUAGAAUUUACACCACCACGGCGACUGACAACAGAUGAAAUUCCUCAGAUUGUUAACGAUUUUCGGCUUGCUGCUAGAAAUGCCAUAGAAGCAGGAUUUGAUGGGGUUGAGAUCCAUGGAGCUCAUGGCUAUCUAAUCGACCAGUUUAUGAAAGACCAAGUCAAUGAUCGAACUGACCGAUAUGGAGGGUCUUUAGAGAACCGUUGCAGAUUUGCACUAGAAAUUGUUGAAGCAGUUGUAAACGAGAUAGGAGCUGACAGAGUCGGAAUAAGGCUUUCCCCAUUUGCUAACUACAUGGAUGCAGAAGACUCAAACCCAAGCGCUUUGGGACUUUACAUGGCUGAAUCCUUGAAUAAGUACGGCAUUGCUUAUUGCCACAUGGUUGAGCCUAGGAUGAAAACAGCUGGGGAAAAGUUUGAAUGUCCUGAAAGCCUUGUACCCAUGAGGAAGGCAUUUAAAGGUACUUUUAUGGUUGCUGGUGGUUACGAUAGAGAGGAUGGAAACAAAGCUGUGGUUGAAGACCGAGCUGAUCUUGUCGCAUAUGGGCGUCUAUUCUUAGCCAAUCCAGAUUUACCAAGACGAUUUGAGCUCGAUGCACCUCUCAACAAGUAUAACAGGGAGACAUUCUAUACAUCUGAUCCUGUUGUCGGCUAUACUGACUAUCCAUUUCUAGAAACCACGGCAUGAUGCCAAGGAAGGAUUGGAUACCCUCUUUUUUUUUUUUUUUUUUUUGUGUUGUUGUUGGUUGGG